AUGUCUUAUGCAGAGGAUGGAACCAUUGAGAGCAUCUCUCUCAUGGCCCGUAAUGGCCGCGUUACCGGGCUGUUGGGACUCCCCAGACCGCAUGGACCAUUGGUUGCUAAGAUUGUUGAGGUCGGUGGCGGAUUUCCCUCUGAGAUCAUAGAGCAAGCCGCCCAAGCAUUGUGCAUUGCUGGCGGUACUGGUAUCGCACCAUUCAUUGCUAUGGCGGCGGCGCAAAACUGCAGCCGCAGUACCAAUGACCUAAAGCCUAGUCUCAUCUGCAGUAUCCGUGGAGAUGACUUUGGAGUCAUAGAGUAUCUCUGGAACCACGAGAUGCUCUACCCGCGAGACUGGCAUGUGAUUCGCAUUUUUGUGACGCCUGGAGAAGAAACUGGUGGGAUGGCUUCCGGCAAGCCACAGAGCUGGUGGCAUCAGCGCUUUAAGGAGCUCUUACGUGACCAUAGCGACAGUGACAUUUUCCGUCUUGGGAGAAUGGAGAAAGAAGGCUUGGAGGAUUUUAAUAAAGAUACAGAUGGACCAGUGCUCUUUUGUGGGAGCAAGCAAUUGGAGUGGCAAGUCAAAAUGUGGUUUCUUGGAAAGAAAGACAUCCAUUGUACGGAGAGAUAG